UACAGAAAAGUAGAUCAAGACAACACGGGUUUAUAAAAAGAAAUAUAUAGUAAAUACAACAUGUAUAUAGAGGGCAAAUAAAAUAGUAAUUGCUAACAUAAUAUAAUUUAAUUUAAUAUAAUUUUUACAACCAUUAUAAUUUUUUUUUGUGGGAGCGAAGACAAUCAAUUUUUCAAAUGCCUUUAACGAAAGUCUUUAUAAAGACAAUUAUAUAAAAAAUAACCACAACAAUGAUACUGAGAGGAGGGAGUCGGGCAUUCGUGGGACUCAUACCGUCUUCCACUGGUAUUGAAGCCACCAGACUUCGGACAUUCUUUUUAAAUCCUAUAUAUUUACAAUCAUCAGCAAAUCAACUUCAUCAAACAAGAUAUAGAUCAUGGUUUAAUCCAUUAAGUCGGUUUAAUAAUACUAAAGAUGUGAUACGACAUGAUAAGCCGAGCAUUAUUGAAGAACCAACAGAUGAGAAACAAACCAAGAGUGAUGUCAAACUUGAAGAAAUGAGACAUUUGUUAAGAUCUAGUGAUCUGUCUGUGAAAUCGAGACAUAAGUUAUUAGCAACUGUUUUUGCUGAAUAUAUAGAGAACAAGGAAUCAAUUACCACAAAAGAAAUCAAUGAGAUUGAUACGAUACUCAAUGGGGUUGAUAUUUCAAUAAAGCAAAAAGGUGCAACUGGUUUGUUGGACUACUAUACGGUAGAGAGUCUCAUCCAGUUAUUUGAAUUAACAGCCACAAGCUUAUUGAAUGAAGGACAAACAGAGAAUAACGACGACAAUAGGUCACCAAUCAAGAGACCUACUUUCAGAUUACCUAAGUAUAUGGUGAAGCUCAUCGAGAACUUUUCAUCCUUAGAUAUGAAAGAUUUACCCAUAAGUUUAUUUACCAAGAUCGUUGAUAUUGGGGCAACUUUAAAAGAUUACGAAACAGUCAUCUACAGUUUAAUAAUCAGCAGACGUGAUGAAAUAACUCCGGAAUUUUCAAAUGAACUUAUCCAUUAUUAUAAAGACGUUAAAGUGUUGUCUAAAUCUUCAAGGGAGAGACUUGUCAUGGAUAUUUUUGAAAUAUUCAUACAAUGUUCAAUUAAAAUUCCAAAUGCUAAUAUCAUAGAUGACAGAUUUCGUGGUCAAUUUAUUCAGUAUAUAGAGUCCUUAUUUCAAGAUCGUCCACCAUUCACCCAUGCUUAUAAGAAUCUUGAAAGAAGUGUUGACAGAAUACAGUAUCUCACAUGUCAAAUGCUUUCAAAAAUUAAAUUUAAUGAAUCCUCACCCGUUACACUAGUCAAGUUGACAUCAUUUUCUAGUGAAUUAACUGCAGCAGGUAACAAUCAAGAAUUGAGUGAUGCUAUGAUCAAAACUUUAGCUAGCUUAGUUGAACAGAGUAAAGAAAAUAAUUUUGAUAUCAUAAAAGAUGUUAUUUUUCAACAAGAUUUGGAUAGUGAAUCUGUAUGUGAAAAUUUAUUAUUUAUGGCUUGGAAUAACCAACAAUUUCAUCAACUUGGAAAAGAAUUAUCUGAGUUCAUUAUUGCAAAUGAAGUUAAAUUUUCUUCCAUAUUAAGAUUUCAAAGUACUAUUUAUAAUAUCUUACAUUCUGAAUUACCCGAAGAUAUGGAUUUAUCGGAAGUCAUAACUUACACCGUGGAAGAUUUCAAAGAAAAGGACUCUUUCAUCGAUUUGGCAAAUGCCUACACUAGAAUAAUGCAAGCCAUUAUAACUUCUGAUGUAUCGCCAACCAGUGAAGCGGUUAAAGCUGUCACGAGAUAUUUCACAAGAGAUCUCCAAAUAGAAAUCUCGCCAUAUGCUUAUAAAUAUAGAAUCGACAAAGCAAUCCAGAAAAAUGAUUGUGAAGCUGCAGUAACUAUUUUUGAUGAAAGUUUAACCAGUACUCUUCAAUGGCAAUUGGAAUCUGAUCCAGUGAUAUUCAAGACUUUGAACGAUUUAAUUGUUCUUGUUUGCUCAGAUGAUAAAGAUGCUGCAUCUAUUUUCCCAAUAUUCACUAGAAUAAAACAACUGAUGGUUAGAAAAUGUAACGUGGAAGCUAUUACCGCCCUUUCAAAGAAAAUGUUAGAAGUUGAAUAUGUUGGUGAUCUAAUUGAAAUGUUGAAGAGAGAAUUACCAACUAUAGACAAAGACUCAAGAGUGAGGUUACCGAUAGACAAACCAUAUGGUGCGAAGUAUUUACAACUUUUCAAUGUUUUACAUGAUUUCGUUAUCCAGUAUACCAACGAAGAGACAUUUGAAACGAAUUGGGUCUUAUAUGGUGAAAUUCAACGAUACUUUAACAUCCCUGAUGAUAGAUAUUUACCCGCCCUAGAAUUCUUUAGUGAAAAGGGUCGAUUGAAUGCGGCAUUAUUAAUCUUUCGCCGAAUUAGACAAAACAGCGAUUAUUUUGAUUUUGCUCCACCUCUGAGAGAUAUCUAUAUGUAUUUAUUCAAAGUGUUUGGAGAGAAUCUUUAUGAAGAUGGUGUUAAUGAAUUAUACUCAUACUUGAACUUGGAUACAAAAUUAGAUUCACAAGAUAUAGAAUUACAAAAUCAGGCCUUGAAUGCUUUUGCUAAUUUACAAGAUGUGCCACGAGCUCGUGAUUUAUUCUUAUCCAUGUCAUCUAACCCUAAGAAAUUUGGUGGAGUUAAUGAAAAGACAAUUCAAAUUAUGAUUAAAGCAUAUACUUAUCACGAUCUUGCAUACGUUCAAAGAUUAUGGAAUAACUUAUCUCAAUUUGAUAUAAUCCCAGAUCACAACAUUUACAAACAAUAUUUAAUUGCAUAUGUAUAUCAUGGUUACGCCGAAGAAGCUAUAAAAAGAACACAAGAUAUUCAAGAUCUUGAUUUGGAAAUGACUACCGAUAUAUUACUAGAUUUAAACAAUUUCUGCUUUGAAGAGAGAGGUCAGAAAGUUAUAGUUGAAUGGGCUCAAUCUACAUAUCCGGAAUUAUGGCAGAAAGUAGUUGAUACAGGUUUGUUAAGAUCGGCUACGAAAUACAUGCCAUCGACAAAUUUAAUUGCCGGACAGAAAGAAGAAGAAUAAUAAUAAAAACCUUUUGUAUAUAAAACUAUUU